UCGGCUGCAUCGGGGCGCUCAGUUUCGCUUUCGGCUCGGACCAGGAGCUGCGCCGCGUCCUCCUGCGAGCUGCGAGGAGGCAGGAGAGAAGAGAAACGCCUGGUCGGACGGACCCAAAGCAGGAAAGCGCUCGCCGCCGAGCAGUUGAGGAGGCCAGAACCUGCGUCCGCCCAAAAGAGAAAGAUGGACAGGAGCAGACAAGGAGAAGGCAGACAACUGAGGAUCAUCCUCGUUGGCAAGACUGGAGCUGGGAAAAGUGCCACAGGGAACACCAUCCUGGGCCGGACGGUCUUUGAUUCCAGGCUUCAGGCAAAGCCAACAACUGAGACCUGCCGAAGAGGUGAUGGGAGUUGGAAAGGCUGGAAUGUUUCGGUGAUUGACACAGCAGAUAUUUUGGAUUCAGAAUUUUUGCCAGAUGAGAUCAAGCGCUGUAUUAACCUCUCCAAGCCUGGUCCACACGCUUUGGUGUUCGUGACCCAGGUGGGCCGCUUCACUGCGGAAGACGAGGUGGCGGGGAAGCACGUCCAGGAUGUGUUUGGAACGGAGGCCACCGAGCACAUGAUCGUCUUGUUCACCCGCAAAGAAGAUUUAGGAGGGAAGCCAUUGAAGAAUUACAUAUGGGAAUCGGAAAACAAGGCUCUCCUGAAGCUGAUUAGGGAAUGUGGGGACCGCUCCUGCGCUUUCAAUAACAGGGCAGCUGGAGCAGAGCGAGAGAGGCAGGUGGCUGAGCUGAUGGAAAUGGUCCUGGGGAUGGUUGAGGAGAAUGAAGGGAGACAUUAUGUCAUUCCGCCAUACCUGGGGCCUUCCAGGUAUGUGCUCACGUUCAUGAAAAUGGCAAAAUGGGCCAUUGGGGGUCUCAGCUACAGACGAGUACUUCUGCUACUGGGGACUGCAGGUCUUAUCUGGGUUUGUCACUGUUAUCAGUUAGUUCCUUGAUUAUUUGACCAAGCUCAAGAGACGAUGGCUGAGGACCAGUUGAAGCUUUUUGAAGCCAAUUAACUAUCUUGUUAUUAGGUGGCAAAAGUUUGACAAAUAAAUGACAUAAUAAACUAAUGAGCAUA